ACCCUUUUUCAUCUCCAAUUUGGCGAUCUUGUGAUCGCGUUUAUAUCAUCUACCUCGCUCUUUCUUUCUUCCUUCCUUCUUCUCUUGCUUAGAUUUCAUCUUCAGAUCCAACUACCACCAAUCGUAACCCCCAAUUCGAUAUCUUCUCACAAGGUUUGACUUUCAUUUUUCUUGCUUAAUUCUAUCUGAUUUGAUCAUGUUGGUUUCGUGUUGAAGAUUCUUGUUUCGCAAUUGGGAGGGUUUGCCAUGUGAGUUUGAAAAAGAGUAACAUUUUCUUAUUCGAUUACUUAUUUAUUCAAUUUGUGCUACACAAAGGCUGUGAGAAAUCAAGAAGAAUGUUGCGGAGUGGUGGUUUAAUGGGCGCUCGACAUUCUCUUAAGCUCUCUCCAGUUCUAUCCGUUUGGGAAUGUAUUGUUCGUAAAAUGAGGUAUUCCUUCAGACCCGAGUGGGUGUAGGGGGCAGCGAACAAUUGGGAAUUGUUACGUUUAAUUAGUCUUUAAGUUCGUAGUAUUAGACAACAAGAGAAAGAACAAAAUUAAAGACAAAAAACAUAGUGAUGAUUUAUACUGUUUAGAGAUAAAAAAAGGAUUUUUAGAUUGAGUAAUCAAGAUUGUUUGUUAGUUUCUAUAUUAAGAUAUGGAGUGUAGUAAAGCACCAUCUGGUGUUAGAAAAGUUAAGAAGAAGCAAGUGAAGGACGAACUGGAUCGUAUCAAACAAGCCGAGAAGAAAAAACGACGAUUAGAGAAAGCCCUUGCUGCAUCAGCCGCCAUUAUUUCCGAGCUGGAGAAGAAGAACCAGAAGAAGAAAGAAGAACAACAAAGGCUGGAUGAAGAGUGUGCUGCCAUAGCUGAGGCUGUUGCUUUGCAGGUCCUAAUUGGUGAAGAAUCAGAUAAAUCAUGCAUUCAAACCAUGAUGCAAAAAGAUGAAGAAUGGUAUCCAUGGGGGUGCUGCACUAGUAACUUUGAUCUCUUCGUGGGCGACAGUCAUGCUAGAACGACAGCUGCUUUUAUCCCUCACCCUCAUCAACUAUCCGCGUAUCCAAAUGGAGAUAUGGGUCCAGUUUCGGGAUCGAAAUGCCAAUGGAACGGGUAUGGAUAUGGGUUGAGUGAUGGUCGGAGACCGUAUGUUGUGGAGAGAGGGUGGGAAGCUGCAGAGGUUUCGGAAGCUGCGUUAAUGGCUGCACAGGCGGUUUCUUCGCUCCAGAUUGCUGAUGAUGGUGUGAAUGGGUUCGUUUUUAAUAGAAUGCUCAGAGGGUGAAUACUUGUUCAAGUGGUAUGUUUGAUCCAAAUGGUGGGUUUAAUUUGUAUGUAUUUUACGUUACAUAGAUCGAUCCCGGUGAAUGAAUCAUUCUAUGUGAAGUUGUAUUGGAGUGAAUUUGUGUUCUUUUGAUCCUGUUUCUUCGAGAAGAAUCAUUGUUUUCUAAUUCUGCUACUGGAACUGGAGUGCUGCUGUUAUCAAUAAGAUUAACAUACUCGAAAGUUGUUCAGUAA